UUGUAUAGUUUUGAUAUUGAAUUAUUAUUGAGAUUUUUUAGACAUUGAGAUUGGUUUGAAGAGAAAGCACUCAGGCAGGUAUAAUAACCGCGCGCAAUAACUGGUUAGAAAUGUUUAUAGACGACACUUCAAUCGUUUGUCUAUCGACGAUUAAACGCCAUCUGUCGGGAGAAAAUUGGCUCUUUGCCACCCUAAUAAUAAAAAUUGAAGAAUAAUUAGAUUGACAUUAAUUUAACACAAAUUCUUAUUUUCAAAGUCUAGUUUUUUUGAAAUUGCUUAUUAUGGUAACAUUCUUUAUGUGAGAUGUAACCUAAGCCUAAUUUGUUCCGAAGGUCACGACUGAGCUUAAAUAAUUUUACAAGGUCAACUUUAUCAAAGCGUUCUUUCGUCUAUCUCCUUCUACCUAGAGUACUUUUUCUGAUGUGUGAAAGAGUAAGAGGACAAUGUAUACUUAUGUUUACAUACAUUGUUAUUGUAAAGCUACCAUGUUCAGAAGUCAGGACUUUGACAACCGUGAUUUUCUAUCUCUUUUGUGUAUGAUAGCGUUGUAACAAGUGCGAAUAGUACACAAGAAACCAUGGCGUUUAAUGACAUUACUAUUUAAUUUAUCCAUAUAUCAUUUGUCGGCUACUCUAUUGACAGUCAAUUACUAUAUGAAUUUUUGCUAAUUAAAAUAUGUUUGCAAUACAAUAAAUGUAAUAUUGUCGAUAAAAACGAUUCUAGCAUAUAAAACACGAGUGUUUUGAAUAACAUUCCUACAAAAUAUGUUAUCAGAAAAGAAAAAAUGACGCUUUAUUUUCGCAGUGUGCGUAAACGAUUUUGCACUUGUAUCAUUUGGUUUUAUUGUGAGAAAUAAAUAAUAAAAAUGAGGUGCUGUGUUCCCAAUUGCAAGAAUGAUUCGCGACAUAUAUCCAAGUCACAGGGAAUUACAUUUCAUACAUUUCCCACCGAGCCUGCACUGCGCACAGCAUGGCUCAAAGCUCUCGGCAAAGAGACGUGGGAGCCCAAAGAAAGAAGUGCAGUUUGCUCUGAACAUUUUCUAUGCGACGACGUGUAUGAGACUGAAGGUGGACUGCGGAGGGUCAGAACGGGUGCGGUGCCUCUGAUUCUACAGGAUUCCAAUGUCUGCGAUUCUUAUAGAGAGCCUGUUGGUUUGAAGGUGUGUAGAAUAUGUCUUGAUAUAGAUGCGAAGUUAAUACCAUUAAAAUCAUAUCAAUUAGAACAAGCAUAUGAAAAUCUAACUGGAUUGUCGCUGUGCACAGAAGAUAGAUUGCCGCAGAAGUUGUGCACGGAGUGUGUGCAAAGACUCGUAAACUGUGAUAAGUUUCGCCUAAAAUGUCUAAGAUCUAACUCUUUACUUCUAGAAGUUAUCAAGAAACAGAACUUUUUAACAGAAGAAAAUAUAAAAACGAUCAAUCGAGACAAUACCCUUCUUAGAACUAAAUUAACGAGAACUCAGUUUGAACCGAAUCACUGCGACUUCUACAUAGAAUAUACAGAACCACAACCAAUUAUAGAAGAGAAACAAUGUGAGAUUGAAAUCAAAGAGGAAAACGAAAUCUUCUUAAGUGAAGAUAUUCACGACAAAACUGAUUUAAACGUCCUAUACGAAGAAAAUAAAGAAUUUUCCGACAAAGAAUUUGGUUUGGACAACGACAAUAUUUAUUCUUCAGACGAUAACCUACCUCUAGAGAUAUGCAAGACCAAGAAAGCCAAGAAGAGAAAGAUAAAAGAGAAGAAGCCACUAAAAGAUGUUAAAAAAGUUAAAAAAUCUAAGGAGAUUGUCGAACCGAAAAUCGAUAGGAGACGGAAGCCAUUCUUGAACGAUGAUCUAAACGAGACGCUAUUCACAAUCACUGAUUUGUCUUUUGAGGAGCAGAUAGCAGAAAUUGUGAAACGACAGGAGAGUUCGAAUUAUAAGAAUUCAGUGUUUAAAUGCACUAAUUGUUUUAAAGGGUUCCUAGACGAAGAUGCAUAUAAUAGUCAUAUUAUUAGACAUACCAAUCAAUGUGGCGAACAUGAAUGUGAAAUAUGCAAGACGCAUUUUAAGCACCCCCAUGCGUUACGGAAGCAUAUAACUGCGCACCACACGCAAAGAUUUAGCUGCAAGCAGUGUACGUAUGUGACGACGCACAGACAGACGGCCAGACUACAUGAACGAUGGCAUAAAGGCACCAAGUACAGGUGUCCUCACUGUCAAGAUGAAUUCGUUAAAUUUACGACAUAUAUGGGUCAUAUACGAAUCAAGCAUCCUUCGGAUUUCGUGUGUGAACUAUGUGGGUAUUCCUUCGUCAGCGCUAAAGGCAUAGAACUGCAUAAGAAGCUGAAACAUCGACUUGAUGAUGCACAAAUCCCUGAAGACGGUCCGUUAUGCGAGCUCUGUAAUGUACGUUUUAUAUCGUCUGAGGCGCAUAAACGACACCUCAGCGUUUCAGCCAGACAUAAUACGGGAACAGACAAAGACUCAAGAGAAUCAAAUAAACCCAAAAAGGGGCGUAAAUCUAAAGAAAUGAAAGAAAAUGAAAGAAGGUCGCGGGAUAAGGACAAAGAUAGUGAUGAAAAGAGACGCAUGUAUCCCAGUCAGAUGAGGAAAGCUGAAGGACCUAUACCUUGCGAACAGUGUGGUUUACAACUAGAAGAUUCAAGAGCCUACCACGGCCACUUCAGACGUAUGCAUCCGGACAAGAAUCGAACCAACUACCCGUCUAUGAAGUCGCCGUGCAUGUGUGAAGUGUGCGGUAGAAUGUUCCAAAGUUACGCCCUCCUAAAAGAUCAUACAUGGGUCCAUACAGGCGAGAGACCAUUUAAAUGUGAUUCCUGCGGCAAAUCGUUCAGAAUGAAACAAAGACUAGUGGCGCAUAGACGCGUACACAGUCAGGUGCGCGCUAGCUAUGUUUGCGCGCUCUGUGGGAAGCAUUUCUCCACGCAUAGCAAUAGGCAGAGGCAUAUGUUUAUACACACGGGCCUGAAACCGUUCAAAUGUGAGAUGUGUGGCAAAGGGUUCAAGCAUGCGAGUGAGAAACGCGCGCAUAUCACUUAUGUGCAUUUAAAGAAACCCUGGCCUAAACGAGCUCGGGGCAAGAGGAGACCUGACACUAGACAGGGCCAGUUACCCCAACCAGGCCAAGAUAUGGACCUCCAGAACCCCAUGUGGCCUCCCUGUGAUCCCAAAAUGAAUGAUAUGGGACCCCUAAUAGACGAUAAGCCAAUUUAUUAUAAUUUGAAAAUAUGAUUUUUUGUUUUAACUUCAUAUAUUUCAUACAGUCGUUAGACAUACUAGGAUUGUCUCGUGUCGUGUGUAUUGUCAAAGGUCAAAAGUCCACUGCCACCGUAAGACUACUAUCGGUUGCGCUGCAGCGCUUAUAUACAUGCGCAUGCAUACUUGUAUCGUAUGCGUCCGCACACGUGUGUAUGCACAUUAAUAUGAAAUUACUUACGCAUUGCAGUGUGAACAUCACUCACGGUGCCAUUGGACUUUUGACCUU